CAGAAAAUGGAUAUUUAAGCUCGCCAAAAUCGAGCGAGUCAACCAGAUGGAAUGCAGAAAACGAUCAUCAUGAGAGGUGUUCUCCUGACUUUGAGCUGCGUGCUAACUUCGCUGUUUGUUGUUAGCCAUGCAGCGCCCCUUAAACGUGACGAUGUGGUGCUGAUACUAAUUUCGGAGUGCACCGAGGCGGGAGAGCCGUUCCGCGUGCCUGGAAACUGCGCCAGCUUCCUGCAGUGCAUAGGUAAGGGGGUCGCGGCGCUCAAGCACUGUCCCGCCGGCCUAGAGUUCGACGCGGAGCACAAAGUGUGCGACUACCCGAUGUUCGCCGGCUGCUCUUCCUCCAAGUGAGGAAGAACUCUUGCCCCUCAGAAUUCUUAACUUCUGGUGGGCGGCGGUAUUUACGAGACUUUCUCAUAAAUCUAGGAUCAAGUAAAUAAUAAAACUUGUCAAUUUUUAUGGGAAAUAAAGAGACUGUUUGGUGAGCUAAAA